CUUGAUCCACGCCAUACUAAUGUCUAAUACUCGCCAAGAGUCCCGUGGCCCGGAGCUACUUGCGGUUGCUGUCGCAUUUGUUUCGUUAGCCGCAGUAUCAACAGCUUUACGUGCAUAUGUGCGCAUUUUCCUUGUGAAAGCGUUUGGGUGGGAUGAUGCAUGGAUGAUUGUUGCUCUCCUUUGUCAUGUUCUAUUCGCUGGCUGUGCCAUAGGUGGCGUGAAAUGGGGCACCGGAAGACAUAUGAGCACUCUUAGUGAUCAUGAUGUUUUCAUGGCCAUGAGAUUCUGGUGGAUCUGCUACAUUGGCUACUGCUGGGCCAUGAUUGCAGCAAAGUUAUCCAUUGGAAUCUUCCUGCUCCGCGUUACGAUUAGGCCCAUGCACAAGCGCGUGAUCUACCUUGUAAUGGGACUCACAAUUUUGACUGGCCUCGUCUUCUUCUUUGUCACGCUGCUGCAGUGCAGGCCCAUCGACUAUUUCUGGAACAGGAAGAUCCCUGGCUCUUGCAUCAAUGUCGAUGUCAUCAUCGGCCUCACUUUUCUUUAUAGCAUCAUCUCCAUUAUCUGCGACUUUACGUUUGCCAUAUUGCCAAUUUUCUUGGUCUGGAGCCUCAACAUGGAUUUCAGAACAAGAGCUCUACUGGUUCCGAUUUUUGGAAUGGCUUGCAUUGCAAGUGUAGCAGUCCUCUGCCGUACAGCCUUCAUCAUGGAUUUCAAGGAUCCCGAUUUUCUAUGGGCUACCCUCGACAUCGCCAUCUGGUCCGACAUUGAACAAGGCCUUGCCAUCACCGCCGGGAGCCUUGCCACACUACGUCCCCUGUAUCGCAGAAUUACUGGUCAUCUUGAAAUUUCGAAGGGGCCAUCGGAAAAUCGAGCAUCGCAAUGGAGGUCUAGAUUUAGAACUACAAAGGAUGCACGAAAAGAUAGAGACGAGACUGAAAUCGGCGACCUGGGAUCUAUCAGACUAAGAGAUGACUUAUGUCCCGGGAACAAUGAUGGAUUCACAGCAUGGGCUACGCGGACAGGACAUUCAUCAGAUGAGGAACGAGAUCUGGGACAGAUCAUCAUAGAGACGCAGAUCCGUCAGCAGUCAUAUUGA